AAUGUUUCUGAUAAUAAUUGAGGAGAUAUAGUCAUUUUACGCAUUGUUUUUGCUGAAGCUAAACUAAGAUUCCAUCAAAUUCUUGUUCGAAAUUCUCAGAAAAAUAUACACUAUUUUUCCUUGGAUCAUGGCGGCAUAUGCAGCCUUGGUUUCUCUUAUGCAUAUCAUCGAUACAAUCGAGCAUCACCAUUCCCCUCCAAUUUCUAUCCACAAACAACAAGUUGAAUCUCUCACUCAAAUUCUUACCUCUUUGCAGGAAUUUCUUGAAGGUUAUAAGUCCCCUGUUGCUGAUGGAGAUGAAGCUGAUCCGCUGGAGAUGCGUAUCGCAGAUGCAGCUCAUGCUGUUGAAGAUGUUAUCGAAUCACAUAUUGUGAACGUGAUUAAAAUGGAAUUUUUCGAAGGCUGUGACUCCUUUUCUGACUACACCGAUGUAGCAGAUCUGUUGGAGAUGCCUUUUGCAGAAAAUUCUAGAGAGGAAGUCAGUUGUGACUCCUCUUCUGACUAUAGUUAUGAAGCAGAUCCGUUGGAGAUGCCUAUUGCGGAAAAUUCUAGAGAGAAAAUAUUUCUCCAAGGCUAUGUUGUAGAUGCAGCUCAUGGGGCUGAAGAAGUGAAUUCUAGAGAGGAAGUCAGUUGCAUCAAUUUCUAUCAAGAUCUACAGCAGGUGAUAGAAGAAAUGAAUGUGAUCAAGAAGGAGGCCAUGGAAACUUCAGCUGAAGCUCAGCUGCAGAGAAAGGUCUCCUCGACUCGAGCUGGCUCAUUGACGUCUUCUUCUACUGUGAAGGAAAGCAUGAUGGUGGGCUUUGAUGACGUGCAACUUCAACUCUUGGAUCGGCUCACUGGAGGGAACCGUAACCGCCAAAUCAUCCCAAUCACAGGGAUGGGCGGGAUUGGUAAGACCACUCUUGCCCGACAUAUAUUUGAGCAUGCCCUUGUUAACCAACAUUUUGAUAUUCGUGCGUGGACUACAAUUUCUCAAACUUAUAAUGUUAGAGAAACACUUAGAGAAGUUCUUUACCAAGUGAGCGGACAUUCGAGGAAUGACUUGAGUGAUGAGAACGAAUUGGGAGAAAAAUUGCACAAGUAUUUAUGGGGUAGGAGGUACAUUAUAAUACUGGAUGAUAUGUGGAGUGUAGAGGUGUGGGACAAGAUGGGGGUUUUCUUUCCCGAUUACCAUAAUGGGAGUCGAGUAAUCGUAACAACUAGGCUCUCAAACUUGGCUGCCGAGUUGACAGGGUCUAACAGCAUAGGUAUGAGAUUUUUAGAUGAUGUUUGUAGCUGGAGUUUGUUCUCCAAAAUUGUAUUUGGGGAUGAGGUUUUUCCUCUUCAACUCGAGGAAAUCGGAAAGAAAAUCGUGGGGAAGUGUAAGGGACUUCCUUUGUCGAUUGCUGUGAUUGGGGGUCUUUUGGCAAAAUCCGAACUUACACUGGAAUAUUGGGAGGGCAUAGAGAAAAACUUAAGCUCAAUAGUGAAUUCGGAAAAUGAUGAAUAUUGCUUGAGAGUAUUGAAACUGAGCUAUGACCAUUUGCCUGCCUAUCUGAAGCCUUGUUUUUUGUACAUGGGGAUGUUUGGGGAAGAUGAGGAAAUUUGGGUCCCAAGACUCAUUAAGCUAUGGGUUUCUGAAGGCUUUCUUAAACCAAUAAUCAAUAAAAGCUCGAAAAUAAUUGCCAAAGAGUAUCUGAAGGAGCUAGUCGAUAGAAACCUCAUUCUAGUUCAUGAGUUGGGGAAACUUGGGAAUAUUAAGUUAUGCAAAAUGCAUGAUUUGCUAAGAGAUCUAUCAUUUCAAGAAGCUGAAAAGCAGAGGCUUUAUUAUGUCUUAGGGCAACAUUGUCCUCAAGGGAUAAAUAGCCAACGCCGCAUUGUUAUUCCCACAAGCACUUCAGAUAAGGCAGUCAGGGAUGCCUUGGAAACUAUGUCACGUGCUCGUUCUUACAUAUGUCAUGAUUAUAAAGUGCCAAAAAAAUUGCUAAAUUUUAGAUUUUUGAGGACAUUGCUAAAUACCACAGGGUAUUUAGAAGAAAAUGUGUUUCAAUUGGUGAACUUGAGGUAUCUUUCGGCUGAACUUAAUCAGGGGUUCAGAAUCCCUUCUUCAAUUAGUCUGCUAUGGAAUCUACACACACUAACUGUUUCUUCUUUUGGGGGUGGAUUUACUGCACCAGUAGAAAUUUGGAACAUGCAUCAGCUUAAGCAUGUCGACUUCGGAUAUGAAGGAAUGUAUCUCCCAGAUCCUCCGAGCGGCCAUAAUGAUGUUAUCAUGGAGAACCUAGAGACGCUCAAAGAAGUGGUUGAUUUCAACUUGAAUGAAGGAGUGGUCAAGAGAAUUCCCAAUAUCAAGAAAGUGUGUAUAAGAUACAAGGAUAAAGUAAUGGAGAGAGUCAAAUGCCUCAGCUAUCUUCAAUGUCUGAGUAAGCUGGAAAGCUUGAGGUGCUUUAUUGAUGAAGAUGGAGGUGUUGAGUAUCUGCAGAGUAUUAGCUUCCCGCACUCACUCAAGAAGCUGCAUCUUGGAUGCAGAGGCUUCCAUUGGGAGGAAAUUCUGGAAAAGAUAGCUUCAUUACCACUUCUUGAGAAGCUCCAACUGAGUGUUGGGCAGUUUGCAAGACGCAGAUGGGAAAUAGUUGAAGGCCAAUUCCCCAGCCUCAAAUACUUGUGGUUGUGGGCGUGUGAGGAUAUGGAAUGUUGGACGUUAGAGGGCUCCUGCUUGCCACGCCUUGAGCAACUUCAUCUCGAGGACAUUGAGUCGUUAGAGGAGUUCCCUUCAGAAAUUGGAGAAAUACCAACACUCAAAUCAAUUGAAUUGUACAGAUGCAGUGAAUCAGCGGUUGUGUCUUUGAAAAAGAUAGUAGAGGAACAAGAGGAAUUACAAGGGGAGCCACCCUUUCAUGUUAUAGUUAUAGGCCCAGAUUGAUUUCUUAGUUAGGAUAAGGCAAUCUAAGUAAACUCCAGCAAAUGUAACUAUGAGUGGGUCGGUAAGGGACAUGGGCUGUGCAUUUGAGUGAUCGAUCCCAACUUUCUUGUAGUUUGAUGUGAUGAGGAAUUCAAUUGCAUGUGGGAAUAUACUAAUUUGAGUGAUUAA